AUGUCGCCCAAGAGUACGAAAACGAUGGAGCGACAUAAACGCGGACAAGAAGCAGCGCAGAGCCGCGCUGAAAACGAAGAGAUUGAGUCAUCCGAUGAAGACGACGGUCGGUUUGAACAUGACCCAAGAUCGUUUGGUGGUCCUUCUCAUCAUCGCUCGCUGUCUGAUUCUGAUUCUGAUGAUGUUGAGGAACUACCCAGACGGUUCAACCGACAAGGGGAGUCACUUGAUGGCCAACAAGUCAAGCAAAAGCGGUGGACUAGCCGAUCUGGCAAUUCGAACGGCAACCAACAAAGCCAGGUGACUGGAGCAUGA